UUUGUAUUUCCCUCACCUAUUGCGCGAGCAGUGGCGAAACCUGCAGCGAACAGCGCAGCUAUAGGGGGGUUUGUGGAAGGAGGCGGGCCUAAUGCGACCCCCACAGUUGUUGCUCCGUAAGGUUUUUACAAUGCUCAAAGGUUUUUCUCCAAGCGCAUUUCUGUAGCUGCUGGCCUUACAGAGCGACGGUCCGAAUGUGCGUAAAUUCCCACGAAUGCAGACAGUGUUACCUGCACUGAGAGGAAGAAAGAGGGAACGCGUCAGGAGAGAGCGACUCGCCACAGAUCAUCACAUUUAUUCCCACUCACCACCAGAGGAAUUAAACUUGAAAGCUUCGUGACAAGAACCUUUGAUAUUCAAGAUAUUGAGUGACUUUAAAGGAUCACCUUCACUGAAUACAAGCCAAAAAGAAUCUGUUACAACUUAGAUGAUGGAACAUGCUCAGUCAGAGAUGAACAUCUUAUCCAACGGGAAAAGUCAUGACCUCGGAGAUGAUAUGGGUGUGCCAAUGAAGACGUUUCUAGAUGAGGAUCAAUUUGAUGAUCCUGAUGGAGGACUGGAGAGUGAGGAAUUCUUGCCCACUCCAGAUGGAAAGAAACCUACACGCUUCACAGAUUUUGAAGGGAAGACCUCUUUUGGCAUGUCUGUCUUCAACCUGGGUAAUGCUAUUAUGGGCAGUGGAAUCCUGGGAUUGGCCUAUGCUAUGGCCAACACUGGUGUACUCCUUUUCUGGUUUCUUCUGACUGCAGUUGCAGCUUUGUCCUGUUACUCUAUUCACCUGUUGCUCAAAUCCUCUGGCGUUGUGGGAAUUCGAGCUUAUGAACAGCUGGGGUACAGGGCCUUUGGCACUCCUGGAAAAAUGGCUGCUGGUAUAGCAAUCACCCUGCAGAAUAUCGGAGCUAUGUCCAGCUACCUGUACAUUGUUAAAUCUGAGCUGCCGCUUGUCAUCCAAGCUUUCCUGAAGGAAGAUACCAACUCUGAUCUGUGGUACUUGAAUGGAAACUACCUGGUCAUCAUGGUCUCUGCCAGUAUCAUCCUGCCCCUGGCUUUAAUGAAACAGCUCGGUUACCUCGGCUAUACCAGUGGAUUUUCUCUCAGCUGCAUGGUGUUUUUUCUCAGUGCUGUUAUCUAUAAGAAGUUUCAGAUUCCCUGCCCAUUUGAGGAGUUCUCAGCCAACACCACUGCUGCUCACCUCAGCAUGAAUGUCUCAACCCACAGCCACGAGUACAUCAAUGGUCUGGAUAACGAGGACGAUGACUCCUACUGCUUUACGCGCAUGUUCACCAUCAACUCACAGACGGCAUACACCAUUCCCAUCUUGGCUUUCGCCUUUGUCUGCCACCCAGAGGUUCUCCCCAUCUACACUGAGCUCCGCAAACCAGGAAGGAAGAGGAUGCAGCAGGUGUCCAACCAUCUCCAUCUUAGUCAGUACACCAUGUAUAUUAAUACAGUAUUUUUCCUUUAUAUUUCUAUAGGCAAUGUGGAGCCUGAACUGCUGCACACUUACAGCCGGAUUGACCCUUACGACACUCUGAUACUGUGUGUGCGAGUGGCUGUCCUCACAGCUGUAACACUGACCGUUCCCAUUGUGUUGUUCCCUGUACGUCGUGCUAUCCAGCAGAUGUUGUUCCCCACCAAGUCAUUCAACUGGUUGCGUCACAUUGCCAUCGCUGUCAUUCUGCUCACCUUCAUCAACAUGCUGGUGAUAUUUGCUCCUAACAUUCUGGGCAUCUUCGGCAUCAUUGGUGCCACGUCAGCUCCCUGCCUCAUUUUCAUCUUCCCUGCUGUCUUUUACAUCCGCAUCGUUCCCAAAGAGGAUGAACCCAUGAACUCUACUCCUAAGAUACUGGCUGCCUGUUUUGCUGCUUUGGGCGUCUCCUUCAUGGUGAUGAGUCUGAGCUUCAUAUUCAUCGACUGGACAACAGGCAGUGGCCAUGCUGCAGGAGGCCACUAGAUGCUGAUUCAGUGUGUGUGAGCUUUGGAAAGGGGGAAAAAGAACUGGUCAAUGUGAGGGGAACACUAUCACUAUCAGUGGGAACACACUACAGGGCUGCCCAGCACAGAACCUGGGCUUUGUAACAUUACAAAAUAUACAGUAUAGUAUAUUGGUUGGGAUUGGUAUUGGUUAAUAUUGAUCAAGUUCAAUAACUUUUUAACUCCAACUUAACACAUAUCUGAACAAAAUCCUUUUUAUACGUUCUAUAAUUCAAUUUAACAUGUAAUGCAAUUUUUGAAUAAUCAGUACUGAACAGGGUCUUUUUUUUCAUUACCACCCAUUGGUGCGACAUCCAUGUCCAUCCAUGACGGUGAAAUUGUCCUUUUCUUGUUGCUUCCUCUUUAUUUACAGUACACACAAACAACUGCAGCCGGUACUGUACAGAAAAAGGAAGGCAUGGUGGUCGACUGAAGACAGGAAGGCAAGAAGAUAUAAAUGAGAAAUGAUUAGAUAACUCAUAAGUUAUUUUUACACAAAUUUUAAUCAUUUUCCAUGAGACGCACAAACGAGGACAGUCAGAUGAUCUCAUCCUGAACCUGCAGCAUGAGCUGUAUGCUUAUGUUGUGUAUCAUACAGUCUGAGCUUUCAGCUAGCUUUCUUCAGAAAACUUGGUGCCUUUUAGCAUUUGGAUACAGUAAAAACAAGAGUGUAUAUUUAUUUAGCUACUUUAUCUGUUUUUAAUUUGAAACAGACUAUAUUUAACUACUGUAUAUGAUGAAAUUAAUGAUCCAAAUACGUUAUGUAUAAUAUCAGUUUUUGUUUUAGCUAGAAGUUAGGUGUUAUGACUGACAAUAUUUCAAAUGCAUGAUAAAAUACAAUGCUUGAUUUUAGGACUUGAUACUUCCCUUUGUAAAACUUUUAGCACAUAUAUGCCAAACUGUGACCUUAAAUAUAAACCAAGUACAGCUCAACUUUACCCCGGCAGUUCACCUUUGAGUCUAGCUCAUUAAUCUCUUAAAUUCUUGAUAUUCCCUUCAAAUGUCUCAUUCAGUUUUUUUAAAUUGAGAAAUUACUUUUUCCACACUUUAUCAAAAACUCUUUCUCUAUAUGUUUUAACACUUCAUUGAAGUUUUAUGACGCCCACACUGAGUGAAAAUUUAAACCCAAAAUGCCAUAUUUUGCAAGGCUGCUCUGGAGAACUUUAGUGAAAGGAAUAGAGUGACAUUUUGAACUGGGAAAUACCCUAAUUCUCUUUCUUGUAGAGUGUUAGAUGAGAAGAUUGAUACCACACAACUACAGCCAGGAAGUUAGUUUAGCUUAGCGUCAGACUGGAAGCUGGGGGAAACAGCACCUCUAUAGCUCACUUUGUAUCUCAUUCAUUAAACCCAUAGUUUUAAAACCAGCAGACUCUGCUUUCCUCUGUAAGUGAGAAUCUUAUCUAGCCAUGUAGAUUGUUUGUAUAAAUUAAAAAAAAACAUAAACUAUAUUGACUCGACACCACUAAAGAUGAGGUCAACUGUUUGUUUUUUGAUAAUUUGGGUUCAAACAAUGCCUGGCCAAGCAACAUGAAUUUGUAAAGAUGAACCCGCUGGUGGGUCUGGCAGAGUUUAACAAGUUAAUAUUGAUUAAUUUGAAGAUGUAUUAUGCUUUUUUGAUUCUGUCAUAACGUCUUUGCUGUACUGGUUUGAAGUAUUUUAAUUUGCUUUCACCCUUGUUGACUAUUUAGACUUGAGGUUAAUGUUUUGCAUGCUGUUCUGUCCAGUCUGUCCUGUAGUCGGUAUAGUGAACUGCACAAUAACAGAGACUUUAGCUACACUGUCAUACAUAGAUGUUAUUGUAAUACUGUGUAUUUUGUCAUCUUAUAGUGAAGUGCAUUGAAGUCCCAUUCUGUGCUAUAGUUAUUAUUGUGUUAUAUUAGUAUUAUGAAGCCCUUCUUAAAAGAUGGUACAUGAAAUAAUGUUUCAAACAUUACUGUAGUAAUGUUCCGUCAGUGAUGACACAUUAAUUUUGAGCUUAAUUUAAGGAUGUGGAUGAAUACUUUCAGUUGUUCUUGAGUAGGUGCGUCCUACAAUAGCACUGACAACCUGCACAAGUUCAUUUUUUUAUAGAUUACAGGAGCAUUUCAUUAUCUAGAAACAUAGAUCACAAAGUUAAAAAACAACUGUUAUAACCAAUACAUGCUGCUCUUAUCCAAAGAUGGUUUUAUAUUGUAUCACAACUCUCAGGCUUCAGAAAAGUCCUGCGUAAAUGAUCACUUCUCUCAUUUUAUUUAUAUUACUCUAUUUUGUCUUUGUUUAGAAGUUUUGGUUCCUGAUUUUACAAAUAAAUUAUGAACAGCAGAGGAAAUAUUAAGUGCAUGUAUCAACCUCAGCCCCUUGUUUUUCCACAUGUAAUCACACUCACAGUGGUCGUUUAGGUGUAAAUGAAGGUUUAAUUUGCCAUAUUUAGUGACACUUUAAGGGAUCAUGCCAAAAUAACAACUGACUACCUACUGCUUUAAAAUGCCUUCGGCUUUUAAACAGGUACCACAGUUUUAAUACCAGACGCAGUAUAUCAAAUAUGCAUUUUCCAUCUUCCUAAACAAAUCUAUGUGAUAUUUUAUUAUAGCUGUUGUUCAAGACACAAAUCUAUGGAAAUGACACGACUAUAAAAUAAUGUGGUAUAUGAAUAUGAAUUUUGGUGAAUAAGAAGUGGCUUUAUAUAAAUAAUGUAUAUAAAUGUAAACCUUUUAUAUUUGUGAUGCAUAUUUACAGUAGCUUGUAAAGUGUAAAUAGCAGGGACAGUUUUAGUUUGGCAAUAAAAUAAUUGUAGAUGUUUUUA